AUGUAUGCAUUGUCUACUAGUGCCGAGGGAGCCUGUCACCUGUGUGUGCCGCCUGACCCCGGUAUCCAGUCUGCUGCUCCAGGUGCCGGUGAGGCAGCCGCUCUAGGUGCUAGUGCGUCUGCUGCCCCUGGUCCUGGUGAGGCUGCCACUCUAGGUGCAGGUGUGUCUGCUGCUUCAGGUGCUUGUGAGUCUGCGCCUUCAGGUACUGCGUCUACUGAGGCAAUGCACACCUUCACACUGGACUCAGGUGCUUCCCGCUGUUUCUUUCGCGACCGCACUGCCCUCGAGCAGCUCCCUAGGCCGGUUGCUGUCUCCCUGGCUGACCCCUCCAGGGGUCCGGUCCUUGCGACCUCCACCACUGCCCUCCCUUGUCCUGCUGUCCCGUCCGGCACACUGUCGGGCCUUGACCUCCCCUCGUUCUCUACAAACUUGGUGGCGGGUUCUGCGCUUCAGGACGCGGCUGUUCACCAGUUCACCCCUGCCUACGAGCGUGUGACACACUACACGUGUGCCCAGACGGGUCGUCACCUGGCUACCUUCACUCGGCAGCCGGGGUCGGACUUGUACACACUAACCACUGAGUCCCCUCAGGUAGCGGCGUCUGUGUCUGCGUCAGGUCAGUUGUCACUCCCUCCCCUGCCACCGUCCCCUGCCCCUCCUUGCCUUCCCUGUGUCGAGGGGCGGCAGCGUGCCACUCCUCACUCCUCUGAGUUCCCCCCGACGGAGGCUCCUCUGCAGACCCUUCACAUGGACGUGUGGGGCCCAGCCCGCGUCCGUGGACAGGGCGGAGAGCGCUACUUCCUGCUGGUAGUUGACGACUACACGCGUUACACCACGGUCUUCCCCAUGCGCACCAAGGGAGAGGUCCCUGCUGUCUUGAUCCUUUGGAUCCGCACUACUCGAGAGGGCAUUGAGCAGACGUUCACGCUUCCCGCCUCUCCUCUGCAGAAUGGGGUUGCUGAGCGCCGCAUUGGCUUGGUCAUGGAGGUCGCUCGUACCUCCUUGAUCCAUGCGGCUGCCCCCCAUUUUCUGUGGCCGUUUGCGGUCCGGUACGCCGCGCAUCAGCUCAACCUCUGGCCCCGUGUCUCCGUUCCGGAGACCUCGCCGACACUGCGUUGGACGGGAGCGGCUGGCGAUGCGUCUGUGUUCAGUGUCUGGGGAUCUCGUGCCUUUGUCCGCGAUACGUCCGCGGACAAGCUCUCCUCCCGUGCCGUUCCUUGUGUCUUUUUGGGCUUUGUCCCUGACGCGCCUGGCUGGCAGUUUUACCACCCCACCUCGCGCCGUGUCUUCCCCUCUCAGGACGUCACGUUUGACGAGUCGGUCCCCUUUUACCGUCUCUUCCCCUACCGCACUGCCCCGCUCCCCCCUCCGCCGCUCUUCCUCACGCCAGGUGCUGCUUCGGUAGACCCCCUGCCUCCCCAGGGUCCUGCUCGCUCAGGUGUUUCCCAGGUAGACCCGGUCGAGCCUGUCAAGGUAGCUGUCGACUCUGGUCCUGCGCGAGGUACUGAGCGUGCUGAGCCUGAGCGUGCUGAGCCUGAGCGUGCUGAGCCUGGUGGUGCUGGGUCUGGGGGUACUGCGACUAGGGGUGCUGAGCCUGGGGGUGCGGAGACUAGGGGUGCUGAGCCUGGGGGUGCGAAGACUGGGGGUGUUGUCCCUGGGGGUGCUGAGUCUGGAGGUCCUGCGCCUGGGGGUGCUGCACCUGGGGGCGUUCUCUCUUCCCAGCAGCUGCGUGAGUGGUACUCUCGGUACUGUCACCGCCGCUGUGGUGCUGUGGGAGCUGGAGGUGCUACUGGAGCUGGAGCUGAGGGCGCUGAGCUUACUGGAGUUGGUGUUGCUGCUGACCCUGGGGUUGGCGCUGGAGGUGCUGGAGCCACUGGUCCUGGAGGUGCUCGUGCUGGCGGUACUGGAGCUGCUGGGACUGGGGGUGCUACUAGAGCUGCUGGAGCUGCUCCUGCUGGAGGUGCUGCUGGUGCUGCUAGAGGUACUGGAGCUACUGGAGCUGCUGGUGGUGCUGCUCGUACUGGGGCUGGUGCUGCUGGAGGUACUGGUGCUGCUGGAGGUGCUGCUAGUGCUGGUCCUGCUGGAGGUGCUGCUGGUGCUGCUGGAGGUACUGGAGCUGCGGGUGGUGCUGAGCGAGUUGGAGCUGCUGCUGGAGGUUCUGGUGCUGUCUCUGCUGGCACUCACCAGAUGGCGCUUCGUCCUUCCACUGCUCCACAGCGUGUCCCGCUGCCUUCUCCUCCUGCGUCCUCUCUUCUUGCCCUUGCUGAACCGGAGUCUGACUCUCUUCGUGCUGCUAGUCCUACUGUCACGCGUCUCCAGGCCACUGCUGUCACUUACCCUUCCUUUGAGUCAGCUGCUGCGUCUGCCUUAGUUGCUGAGCUUGUCGACUUUGCUGCUCACUGUCGUCUAGACUACGCUGCGAGUCUUGUUGCUGAGUCUGAGUCUGAGUCUGUCUGUCCUCCGUCCGUCGGGGGUGAGUGUGCUCUUGGCACGGACGUCCUUGAGGACAGGCAGGAGGAGUUUGAGUGCUUUGCUGCGCUGUACCUCAUCUCGUGUCCAUGCUGA